CUUGACUUCGACGGCAUUCAACUUACAAUGAAUGAACCAACCAGCUUUGAUACGAAUUUGAAAAAUGCGUCUUAUGGAGGUAUGACUGGACACGCUCAAAUCGCACCGUUGAUGUGUCCAUUGAAGGGAAGUAGCUCGGCGGUACCUCUCGAAGUGCCUCCAUAUCAAACCUACAGUGUGUAUUUGUACGACACUCAGAAUGUUACGGUGAGAUGA